AAACCAAGUAUGAAUAUACAUCUAGAAAAAACCAAGUAUUUAUAAGGCUUUGCUUUGUGAUCUAUGAUUUACAAGGAAAAAUCAGAGAGAGAGAGAGAUGGCAGACACUAAUAAUGGUGGCAAUGAUCGUUACAGUUACAGCAAAAACUCCAACUUUCAGAGAAAUGCUAUACAUUCAGCCAAAGAGCUGAUCAACAAAGCAAUAGCUGAGAAACUUGACAUGAACAUCCUUGCAUCUUCAAAGACCUUCCAAGUGGCAGAUUUGGGCUGUGCUACUGGACCCAAUACAUAUAUUUCAGUGCAAAAUAUUAUUGAUGCUGUGGAGCUCAAGUGUCAAAGUCAUGGAGCAGAAAUCUCUCAACUCCCUGAGUUCCAAGUCUUCUUUAACGAUCAUGCCUUGAAUGAUUUCAAUGAGGUUUUCAAAUCCCUUCCUCUUGAAAGGCGGUAUUUCGCAGCAGGAGUACCAGGGUCCUUCCAUGGCCGAAUAUUUCCAAGUGAGUCUCUCCAUUUUGUGCACUCUUCAUAUGCUCUCGAUCUUCUUUCUACAGUUCCAACAGAGGUGAUGGACAAAGAAUCUACUGCUUGGAACAAAGGCAGAAUAAACUAUUCGGAUUCUCCAGAUGAAGUUGUCAAGUGUUAUGAAGCUCAAUAUGCUAAAGAUAUGAAGAGCUUUCUCAAAGCUAGAGCAGAAGAGAUUGUCCUUGGAGGAUUAAUGGCCUUUAUCAUCCCUGCCCGCCCUGAUGGAACCACUCAUUCUGAAUCUUUUCUGAACAAGACAAUUACACUUCUGGGGUCUUGCCUCAUGGAUAUGGCAAACAAGGGUAAGAUCAGUCAUGAGAAACUAGACGCAUUUAACAUUCCAGCUUAUUUUGCAUCUCCUCUAGAGCUGGAAACAUUGGUGAAACAAAAUGGAUGUUUUAGCAUAGAGAUAAUGGAGAGCCAAGACCAAGUAAAGCCUCAACCCAAAGUGUUGUCUUCCACAUUAAGAGGGGGAAUGGGACAAUACAUAAAACUGUAUUUUGGUCUUCAAGAAGAGAUUGUAGACCAGCUCUUUGAUUUGUUUGUAAACAAACUUGAAGAACAGUCGUCCUUAAUCUUCGACUCAGGAAAUGCAAUCAAUCUAUUUGUUUUGCUUAAACGGGUAAUAUAACACGUUAAACAUUAAAAGCAAGAGAAUAUAUAAGGUGAUAUAUAUACCAGAAAUAAUGUUUGUUUUGUAAUAUUGGAUGUAAGAAAUGAUUUUGCUCUUUCUGUUUGAUUCAAUAAGUAGUUGCUUUAUUUGAUUUCUUUAAUCUUAUCAAUAAUAAUAUAUACUGUCUUUGAUCUUC